UGAGAAACAUUACAGCUCUGACUGCUGAUGUGGAACGAUCAAGUGAAUCAUAUCAUCACUCCAGACCCCUCUGACGCAGCCAGUGGAAAAUAAAAGUGUGUGUCCAUUAGAGUGAAGGUCAUCUGGGAGGAGACGCACCAUGGCACCACAACACGGAAAAACACAGAACACACACAUCAGUGCGGACACAUGGAGGUCCAUCAUCAUACUGCUGAAGCGAAUGUUACAGCAGUUGGAGGUCAGUGAUGUGGACUUUGAGGAGUUGAAGAGAAACCUGGAGUUCACCGCCUCGUUACUGGAGGCUCUUUACACUGACGGAACACGACCUUCCUUCGAUGCUGAUGAUGACCUGCAACUUCGCUCAGAUGUUGUUCCAGUGGAGGUUCGCGAUUGGCUCGCAUCCACGUUUACUCAGAGAGUCCAGCCAAUCAGCCGACGGCCAGAGGAGAAACCACGAUUCCGCAGCAUCGUUCAUGCAGUGCAGGCUGGAAUAUUCGUGGAGCGGAUGUUCCGUAAAGCAUACUCCACCGCCAUGCCAGAUCAACCUGCUGACGUGCUCAACUGUUUACGGGAUGUGGACAGGUGGAGUUUUGACGUGUUCGCUCUGGACGCUGGAAGUUCAGGUCAUUCACUAAAAACACUCUUCAUCGAGCUGAUCAUCAAACACCAACUGAACGGCAGAUUUAAGGUGCCUCUCUCAUGUCUGAUGUCAUUCCUGUGUGAGCUGGAACGCGGUUACAGCAAACACACAAACGCCUAUCACAAUCACACACAUGCUGCUGACGUCACACACACAGUGCACUGUCUACUGCUGCGCACUGGAGUUCUGUACUGGCUUACCGAACUGGAGAUGUUGGCGUGUCUGUUUGCAGCGGCGGUUCACGAUUACGAACACACAGGAAGGACCAACAACUUCCACAUAUACACACGGUCUGAGUUGGCGAUGGUCUAUAACGAUCGCUCGGUGCAGGAGAGUCACCACGUAAGUGCUGCGUUCCGCCUUCUGCAGGACGAAAACACCAACAUCUUCAUGAACCUGACGCGCACUGAGUGGCUUGAGCUGCGGUCUCUGGUGAUAGAGAUGGUUCUGGGAACCGAUAUGUCCUCUCACGUGCUGCACAUUAAAGCCAUGAAGACGUGUUUACAGCAUAAUGAAAGCAUCGAUAAACCGAAGGCACUGUCACUGAUUCUGCAUGCAGCUGAUAUCAGUCAUCCUGCUAAAUCCUGGAGCUUACACUCACGCUGGACCCCCAGACUGAUGGAGGAGUUUUUCACACAGGGUGACAGAGAAGCUGAACUGGGUUUGGCUAUCUCUCCUCUGUGUGACAGACAGAACACGCCAGUCGCUCAGUCUCAGAUAGCUUUCAUAGAGUUUAUCGUGGAGCCAACAUUUUCCUUAAUCAGCGACAUGGCCGAGCAAAUCGUCAUCCCUCUGAUACAGGACACUCCCGAUCCUUCACCGACCUGCAGCAGGUACAGAGGACUCCAGUGGACUGUGGCGGACCUUGUUAGCUUCAGAUCCAUGUGGAUGAGACACACUGAGGAGAACAAGAGCAAGUGGAGAGACAAGAUAAACAACAGUGUGUCUGAUAUUAGAGACGAGCCUGAAAUGCAGACAGGACAGAAAUCUGCAUAAAGAAAUGAGUGCAGAAAGGAGGAGAAGGAAAAGAAUGGGAAGAGAUGAGGAUGAUGAGGAGGAGGAGGA